UCGGUUGUUGCCAGGAAACAUAACAGCAGUGAGAAGAACAUGGACGACAGGACAAUAAAGCCGCGGAUGAGCAAGGCCCAGGCGAGGCAACACCAAAGAAUACUGACAGACGAGAAGAUACAGGCGCAGCAGCAAGUCAUAAGAAAUGAUGUGAGAGCGACGCUGCGGGCCAACUGGAACGAGUCCCUGGAGGAGGCGAGUGAGAGGAAGAUUCUGGUGAAGAAGACGGAGGAGAUAGAGCGAGAGGUAGCGCUGGCCAACAACGCCCUUGUCAUGGUAUGUGAGAAGGGCCCAGCUGAAGCAGCUACUGGAGGAAGAAUGGCGGGGAUAUGAGGCAGAGCUCCACGAUAUGGGACUAGCCUUACACAGAGACAGAACAUGAACACCACAGUACUAUUGUAUCACUAUCUGCAUCGUUCAUACCUUAGUGCUACAUAUCAUAGAUCAAAAUUUUUUGAGGCGCACAUUUUUUUGCAGAUUAACAGUUUUUCGUUUUGCCGGAGACUUUGAUUCAGACCUAAUUAUACACAUAGAAAUUUUUUAGCGCGC